AUGUCUGAUUUCAUUAUCCGAAUAUACAGAGAUUCUGACUACGAUGUGGCCAGAAAUUUGUUUGCUUGCGGCACUGUAGAGAGCACUAGCGAAGCCUUUAGGCACACCUUACAGGUUCCACACAUCUGGCUUCUGUUGUCCGCUCUGUUCCUACUUCCUGCUUACACAUUGUGUCCAUUGGAAAGUUUAUCGUUGCCAUGGCCUUAGCAGUGGCUGGAUUAUGGUUCGGAUCCCGGUAUUGGUAUACGGAGUACAUCCAGUUCUCCCUGUUGGAUGACAUGCUGGACAUCCGGAAGUACUACUUGGAGCGGGAUGGUUAUGGAUUCUGGGUGGCGGAGUCAGGAGGAGAGUUGGUGGGGACAGUGGCCGCCCUUCCUUCUUCAGAACCCGGUGGAGAAAAACACUUAGAAUUGAAACGUCUUUCAGUGUCUAAAAACCAUCGCGGUAAAGGCAUUGCCAAGGCUUUGUGUAGGACGGUGAUUGACUUUGCCCAGCAGAGAGGUUGCCAAGCGGUGGUGUUAACAACCACUUUCGCCCAGAUCAGUGCCUGCAAGUUGUAUGAAAGGAUCGGUUUAAGACUAAUGAACACACUUGCUCCAGAGUUAAAGUUCAAAUUUUUUGGCUUUAAAAUCUUGGCCUACCAGUAUGACCUCCCAAACCAUUGAUGA